CUGUGUUGAGCUGCCCACUCCAAGUUCACAGUUCCUCAGGCAUCACUGAUUUCAUCGCAGGCUCUACGCUGGACUGAGUUUCUGGCCGAAACAUGUUUGUAUCACUCACAACCUUCGUCUCUCUGCUUGGCUUCUUGUCACUGCAUCCUACCUCUGGACAGGACUGUCCAAGCAGACUGGAAAUUCAAGGAUCCCUGAAGCAGAUCCAGAAACUUCUCUCGGCUCAUGAAGCCUCUUACUUGCAAAGUGUACGCAACCUAAAGAAGAAAAUCAACCUACUGCAGAGUAGCACAGGGAAGCACUCCACAAAAACCGUCAAUAGCACCUGCCCAAAACCGGAUGUGCCGCCCAAUGGGAGGAAGCUCGGCAAAUCACAUAGUGUGGGCCAUGAGGUUCAUUUUUUAUGUGAGCCAGGCUAUGAGCUUGUGGGUUCAGAAAGCAGAAUUUGUCAGGAAAGUCUGACCUGGAGUGGCCAGCAGCCAAUAUGCAAAGAAGUCAACGAAUGCGCAUCCAUCCCUUGCCUGAAUGGUGGAACAUGUCUGGAUGACGUUAACCAGUUUACCUGCCUCUGUCCCAAAGGCUGGGCUGGAGAAACCUGCCAAAGUCCUGUGCCAACAUUCUUUGCCACCUUUACCAACACCUCCGCUGCCACAUCCCCAGCCUCGGCUGCUACACUAGCAGCUGACACAGCUGGCUCCUUUGUGCGCCCAUCACGCUGCAGCACCGUGCAGGGGACCACCCACUGCACUUGCGAGCCAGGAUAUACCAUCUCCGGCAGAGAUAGCACUACUUGCACUGACAUAGAUGAAUGUGAGCUGUUUCAUAACGGACAGGCUGGGAAACUCUGUUUACACACGUGCGUGAACACCGCUGGAGGUUACCGCUGCACUUGUCCUGCUGGAUAUAAUGUGACCCGCGAUGGACGCAGCUGUAAAGACAUCGAUGAGUGCGCCAGCAGACAAAACAACUGCACUAGGGAUCAGACGUGCAUCAACACAUACGGCGGUUUCCAGUGUGUUCGUGUCGACUGUCCAAAAAACCCUCACGCUUCGUACGUCAAAACAUCACCAAUGCGCUGUGAGCGUAAUCCCUGUCCCGUGGAUAACAAGCUGUGUUCUCAGGCUCCAAAUUCAUUCUCUUACCACUACCUGGCAGUCGUAUCCAACCUGUCAGCUCCCCGUGUCAUGUUCCGGGUUUCGGCGUUGCGCCCAAUAGGCGACGCGCUUCGCUUCUCUCUGCUAGGUGGAAGGCAAGCUCGACGCCACUUCACAGUCCAGCGUUCAGAUCGUCUGACAGGUCAGCUGAUGCUUAGCAGCCCAGUGCAGGGCCCUGCCACUCUGGAAGCUGAAGUAGAAAUGAGUGAGCUGGAGAGACGAGUCCAGCUUGGCAGGUACAUCACCAAAGUCACCAUGUUUGUUUCCCCGUAUGAGUUCUGAAACAAAAACGGGAAGUUACAUACUUGGCACCAAGGAGGCAAAGUUCAUAAAUAGUAGCCUUCAUGGGUUUAAGAAAAACAUUAAACAGAAAACUGCAUUUAAUGUAGUUAUCACUAUAGCUGUUCUUGCACUGCUGCAUGUAAUCGAUGGCUUUAUCACAAAACAAUAGCACAUUGUUACAGAAAUACUAAUGUAUUGCAAUCUUUUAAUGGAUUCAGCGAAACAUUCAUGCAUUGACAUAUUAUAUUCAAUGUAUGUAUAAUAUAUGCAUAUGCAACAAAUUUAUUCAUUGUGUGUAUUGAUGUCAAGUCCAUGAGAACUAACUCAAUGGCUACCAUUGAUGGCAACACCUGCCAGCCUUACCAAUUCAAAUGGGUUUGAUGUCUAUUGCCAUCAAUGACACUGAAACAUGAUCAUUCACUCAGUCACUUUGAAAAAAAAAAUCGUUUUAAUGUUUGUUAAAACAGCCAUACAUGAAAAUUAAUAUGCAAAAAAAAUCUGUCAACGGACACAUCUUGAAGAGAAAAUAAACUUCAAACUGAUCAAUUUAAUGUUACAGUAAAAUGUACAUUAAGCCUAUAUAAAUGCAGGUGCUAUUCAUACAAAACUUUAUAUGCACUUAAACAGAUUUAGAUUUCCGAAUACAGUAUGUCAGUUAAUUUUGUGAGUGUAUUGAGAUGAGAUUAUCAUUAUUCACUGUAUAAUUUUGGGGACAUUUUUGUUUGUUGUUGUGACAUGAGUUUUUCCUGAUGUAAAAUGGGUGCCUUGACAUGAAGUGUUAACUGAAGAAAGUGCUUGUCCUUAGCAUUGUCAGGUAUGUUGCUGCAUAUGUGAUAUCACAAAUGGGGCAAAUUCUCUUUUAUGUAAUAAAAUGUGAACAUUUUUCGACUUGCUCA